GCCAUUUUCCCAUCUCUCACUCUUUCCCAAUUCGAUCCGCGAGCCGUUUGGUAUACAUAGCCGAAAAGGGUGUGGUUGCAAUAAUUGCGUUGCCUCAUUGCGCAUAUACAUACGUAGGCGAACACGAGGUAUACAAAGUCCGGACUCUCAUACACCAACAUGACGUCCGCACCGCAGAUACAGCCCAAAUUCCUCCCUAACCGCCACGACUUGGGUGUUGUGGCGGUCGGCUUCAGCGGCGGCCAGCCGAAAGCCGGCGUCGACGCAGCCCCUCAAGCUCUCAUCCAACAUGGCCUAAUCCAGCAAUUGGAGGAUGAGCUCGAGUUCAAAGUCAGCUUCGAUGGCGAGGUGCACGACUAUUCUAAAUUCAUGCCCGCGGAGGACCCAGACUACCGAGGAAUGAAGAAGCCCAAAUUCGUCAGCGCCACCACACAAGCAGUCAGCGAGCAGGUUUACAACCAUGCCAAGAGCGGUAAGCUCGUUCUUACCCUCGGAGGCGACCAUUCCAUUGCCAUAGGCACUGUUUCUGGAACAGCAAGAGCAAUCCGGGAACGCCUCGACAAGGAAAUCGCAGUCAUCUGGGUUGAUGCACACGCGGAUAUCAACACGCCCGAGACGUCGGACAGCGGAAACAUUCACGGCAUGCCUGUAGCAUUCUUGACGGGCCUCGCAAAGGAAGAGAGAGAGGACACAUUCGGGUGGCUCAAGGAGCACCACCGAUUGAGCACGAAGAAGAUCGUGUACAUCGGCUUGAGGGACGUGGACAGGGGCGAGAAGAAGAUUCUGAAGGAGCAUGGCAUCAAGGCGUUCUCGAUGCACGACAUUGACCGGCACGGUAUCGGCAAGGUCAUGGACAUGGCUCUGGGCUGGAUUGGCAGUGAUACGCCCAUCCACCUGUCAUUCGAUGUGGAUGCGCUGGACCCGAUGUGGGCGCCGAGCACGGGCACGCCUGUGCGAGGAGGCUUGACCCUGCGCGAGGGAGACUUCAUUGCUGAGUGCGUGGCUGAGACGGGCUCUUUGGUCGCUCUCGAUCUCGUUGAGGUCAAUCCGAGUCUGGACGAGCAAGGUGCGAGCGAUACCGUUAGGGCCGGUUGCAGCAUUGUUCGAUGCGCACUCGGUGAUACUCUUUUGUAGAGUGCUGCCUAUGUCAGGGAGAUGUUCAACGUUGGAAGUCGGUGUUUGGCAUAGACAUUCUUUCCAGCAAG